AUGAUUCAAUUCGUAACCGAAUUAUGUGAAUUCGUUAUCUGUUUAAAACACCUUAAAGAUUUAUAUGAGACUGCCUCGAUGUUACUUGGGUUCUCAAUCAUUUUCGAGUACAGUUACAUUUACUUGGGCUAUCAAAUUUGGAAAGCAAGGAUAUGGACACAUGAUGAUAAUGAUUAUCAUGAGAAGUCUCAUUUCCAACUUGUUUGA